CAGGUCCGGGAUAGCGGUGACAACUGGGAUAGUAAUCAACGCAAGUUGUCAUCUUCAGCAGCAGACAAGUAGUUGGUUACGACACUCUAUCUUCUAAAUGACAUGGAAUAAGUAUACAAUUUUUGCUUCCGGAAUCAAGCACAAACACCAGCCACACACAGCCACAGUACCACAUGCUGCCACGUGCAGUUGCCCCAGGCAGCAUAAGAAUACGACAAUAGUUAACUACGGAGUACUCUGUAGUCUGUACACCGUACUGGAAUAUUACUGCAUAGUCCUAUUCUUGGGAGUAAUUUGUAACUCAAUGUAUCUCGAAUCCACGGUGUACAGUGCAGAGUACCAAGCAAUGCUUUUUUACAUUCAUGAAACUAUUUGGCAUAAUAUUUUCCCUCUUCCCCUUCUCGUUCAUUUACUCAUUGAAUCAUCCAUCAUCCAUACUCAACCCGCUUACUGAACAGACAACUUAUCCAUCGCCUCGCUGGCACUCUUGCCCACAUCCGAAGCCGUAGCCUGGGACGGCUCCUUGCCCUGCUCAGCCUGCUCUUCGGCCUUGGCAGCGCCGGGGUACUUGCUGCCCUUGUCCUUCUUGGUCUUUUGCUUCUUCUCCUUGGGAGCGUCCGCAGGGUAGGCCUUCUUUUCAAUCU